UGUAUUUGACUGGACGGAACCAGGUUUAAAAAGCAACAUUUUUCGUAAAAGUCAUACCAGCAUAUCAACUAUCUCCACCAAACCGUCAGCAGAAACAAAACAUUUCUUUCCUUUUUCCUUUUUUAACCUUUUUACAUACAUCAUCAUGACAUCUUCCUACACUACCAAGCAAUGGGUCCUCGCCAACAAGCCUACAGGGGAGCCUGUCCUGUCCGGCCCAGACGCUACCUGGAAGCUGCAGGCCGUCACACUGCCUGAGCUGAAGGAUGGCCAGAUCCUCGCCAAAGUCCAGUACUUCUCCAACGAUACUGGCCUACGGAACUUUAUCCAGAGCACUGUCGCGCCUGAGCGCUUCUACGUGCCUACAGUGCCCCUCGGCUCGCCCAUGCGCUCCGGCAUCAUCGCCGAGGUGGUCGAGUCCAAGUCAGACAAGUUCAAGGUCGGUGAUCUCUGCAUGGAUUUCCACCUGGGCACCUGGAGCGAAUAUGUGAUCCUGGAAGCCGAAAACUCCCAGGCCCUCGCGCCCCUGCCCAACGGCCUGCCAACCACUCACUUCCUCGGUGCGUUUGGCGCCUCUGGUCUGGCCGCGUAUACCGGCUUGUACUAUGCCGGCGAGGCUAAGCCCGAGCACACUAUUGUCAUCUCAGCCGCUGCUGGCGCUACUGGCUCUAUGGCUGUCCAGAUCGCCUCCAAGAUCCUCGGCGCUAAGCGAGUCAUUGGCAUCACUGGCUCUGACGAGAAGUGCGAGUGGGUGAAGAGCAUCGGUGCCCACGAGUGCCUCAACUACAAGAGCCCUACAUUCCUUGAGGAUCUCAAGGCUGCUACCCCCGACGAGGUCGAUGUGUACUUUGACAACGUCGGUGGUAGCAUCCUCGACGCCAUGCUGACCCGCGUCAAGAAGCACGGUCACAUCGCUGUUUGCGGUGCCGUCAGCGGAUAUAACUCUGACGAGCCCAUGGCUUUGAAGAACUGGUUCGAGCUUAUUUCCUGCAGGAUCAACAUCCGUGGCUUUAUCAUGCUUGAUUAUAUGGACAAGGUGCCCGCCAUUCUAGGCGAGCUUAUUGGCGCCACUGCCGAUGGACGCAUCAAGCUCGAGGCUGCCGAGACAGUCAUUGAGGCGCCCAUUGAGCAACAGCCUGAGGUUUGGAUGAAGCUGUUCAGCGGUGUCAACCAGGGCAAGCUCCUCACCAAGCUCAUCAUUUAGGAAGCUUAGGUGAAUGAAACAUAAAUAGUUGAUGAAUUUAGGCGGGCACUUGCACUAGCGUUGCCAUUAAAUAUAAACUGGCUUAUGAUACUUAAUUAUUUCUAGAUUUUACUGUGGUAUUAAUUAUAAAAAUGCUCC